CUUGAACCUCUACAUCCACCACCAAUCUCUACGACCAUGACUCGCUCUUUCUUCGUCGGCGGCAACUGGAAGCUCAACCCUACCAGCCUUUCGGCUGCCAAAGCCCUCGUCGAGGCUUUGAACAAGGCUGAUUUGGAUCCUUCCACCGAGGUCGUCGUUGCGCCCCCUGCUUUGUACUUGCUCCCUAUCCAGGAGAUCGCCGGCAAGGCUGUCAAGGUUGCUGCUCAAAACGCGUACUUCAAGGAGUCUGGUGCUUUCACUGGAGAAAUCAGCCCUAAGCAGAUCUCUGAUGCUGGUAUUCCCUACGUCAUCCUCGGUCACUCUGAACGCCGCACCCUCUUCCACGAGACCUCGGAAGUCGUCGCUUUGAAGACCCGCGCUGCGUUGGACAACGGGUUGAAGGUCAUCCUCUGUAUCGGCGAGACCCUCAAGGAGCGCGAGGAGGGCCGUACCGCCGCCGUCUGCGAAGAGCAACUCAGCGCUGUCGUCAAGCAGUUGAAGGAGGAGGACUGGAGCAAUAUCGUCAUCGCCUACGAACCCGUUUGGGCAAUUGGAACCGGCAAGGUGGCCACGACCUCCCAAGCGCAGGAGACGCACGUUGAUGUCCGCAAGUACCUCGCCACCGCUGUCUCCCCGAAGGUCGCGUCCGAGACGCGCGUCAUCUACGGUGGAAGCGUCAACGCUGCUAACAGCAAGGAUCUGGCCUCCCAGCAGGACAUUGACGGUUUCCUCGUUGGCGGUGCAUCCCUCAAACCCGAGUUUGUCGAUAUCAUCAAUGCUAGGAAGGCAUAAGAACCUUCUUUUUUGGAGGUUUGGAAGGAAGUAAAACAGUCAAUGCCCGCCCCCCGCGGCUUCUGUGUAUGUAUGUACAUUAUUCAAUAUUCAAGUCAGUAUAGAAGAUUUCUCUCGAUGGCA